UUUAUAAGAAAAUGGCUGCGUUCUUGCAGUGGAGACGAUUUGUCUUUUUUGAUAGAGAAACGGUGAAAGAUCCGAUUGAGAAUGGGAAAAACUUCAUUUUGCCGAAUGGCAUAUCGGCUUGUGAUUCGGGGCGGGGACAUAUUGUUCUCGGGGAUAUGGAAGGUCAGAUCUGGUUUUUAACGCGCUCGCUCCAGCUGAGCUCCUUCCAAGCCUACAAGCUGCGCGUGACGCACCUGUUCCAACUAAAGCAGCACAGCAUUCUGGUUUCUGUAGGCCAGGACGAGCAUGGCAUCAAUCCACUGGUCAAGGUAUGGAACACUGAUAAAAGAGACAGUGGAAGUCCCCUGUGCACACGGAUAUUCCCAGCAAUUCCUGGGAACAAGCCCACAGAAGUAUCCUGUCUUAGUGUACAUGAGAACCUGAACUUCAUGGCUAUAGGCUUCACAGAUGGCAGUGUAGUUUUGACGAAAGGUGACAUUACCAGAGACAGACACAGUAAAACACUAACCCUUCAUGAGGGAAAUUCUCCUGUCACUGGCCUGGCUUUCCGCCAGGCAGGUAAAGUCACCCACCUGUUUGUUGUCAACCUAGAGAAAGUGCAGUGUUACACCUUGUCCGUGAAGGAGUAUCCUCGUUUGGAGCUAGACACACAUGGCUGUGCUUUACGAUGUUCCGCCCUCACGGACCCGUCUCAGGACUCUCAGUUCAUUGUGGCAGGAAAUGAGUGUGUGUAUCUGUACCAGCCUGACGAAAGGGGCCCCUGCUUCGCCUUUGAUGGACAUAAGAUCUUGGUGCACUGGCACCGGGGUUACUUGCUGCUCCUCACUCAAGACAGCAAGUCACCCAACAAACCUGGCUUUGGGAGUAAGGAGACUUCCCCAACAGAGAAGCAUGUCUUGACGAUUUAUGAUCUGGACAAUAAGUUCAUCGCUUACAGUGCUGCAUUUGAUGACAUCAUAGACGUCCUGGCAGAAUGGGGCUCCUUUUACAUCCUGACAAGAGAUGGGAAGAUGUUUGUGCUACAAGAAAAGGACACGCAGACUAAAUUAGAGAUGCUAUUUAAGAAGAACCUGUUUGUAAUGGCGAUUAACCUUGCAAAGAGCCAGCAUCUGGACAAAGAUGGUCUGUCUGAGAUAUUUAGGCAAUAUGGAGACCAUCUUUACGUUAAAGGGGACCACGAUGGUGCCAUUCAGCAGUAUAUUCGGACUAUUGGGAAACUUGAACCCUCAUACGUCAUCCGGAAGUUCUUGGACGCUCAGAGAAUACACAACCUCACUGCAUACCUCCAGGCUCUCCACAGGCAGUCCCUGGCCAACGCAGAUCACACCACACUUCUGCUCAACUGCUACACCAAGCUGAAGGACAGCUCCAAGCUGGAGGAAUUCAUUAAGAGCAGUGAAAGUGAGGUGCAUUUUGAUGUGGAGAUAGCCAUAAAGGUGCUGCGGCAGGCUGGUUACCACAGCCAUGCUGUCUUCCUUGCAGAGAAGCAUGCGCACCAUGAGUGGUACCUGAAGAUCCAGCUGGAGGACUUAAAAAAUUACCAGGAGGCUCUGCGCUACAUCGGACGGCUGCCGUUCGAGCAGGCCGAAACCAAUAUGAAGCACUAUGGGAAAACUCUCAUGCACCAUGUUCCUGAGAGCACCACCGUGCUCCUGAAGAAGCUCUGCACGGACUACCAGCCCAGCCAGGACUUGGCCGACCACGACAGUCUGGACCGGUUGGCUGUGAAUAAGGCCAAUUCAGAAGAGUUUAUUCCAAUCUUUGCCAAUAAUCCACGGGAGCUCCAUGCUUUCCUGGAACAUAUGAUCAAGGUAGAGCCGUUUUCACCACAAGGUGUAUAUGAUACGCUGCUGGAGCUGCGUCUGCAAGACUGGGCCCACGAACAGGAUCCUGAGAAGAAGGAGGUCCUGCAGAGGGCAGCAUUGUCACUUUUAAGGAGUGACAACACCGUGUUUGAUAAGGCCCUUGUGCUCUGCCAAAUGCACAGCUUUAAAGAGGGGGUGCUGUACCUUUAUGAGAAGGGCAAGCUGUACCAGCAGAUCAUGCACUACCACAUGCAGAAUGAGGAAUACUCAAAGGUGGUGGAGGCAUGCAAGCACUAUGGCAAUCAGGAGGUUUGCUUGUGGGAACAAGCACUGGGCUACUUUGCACGAAAAGAGGAGGACUGCAAAGCCUACAUCAGCGAGGUCCUGCAACACAUUGACCUGAAUAACCUCAUGCCCCCUCUUCUGGUGGUGCAGACACUGGCCCAUAACUCAACGGCAACACUGUCAGUGAUAAAAGACUACUUGAUCAACAAGCUGCAGAGAGAGAGUCAGCAAAUUGAGGAGGACGAACGCAAGAUCCGUCAGUACCGUGAGGAGACUGCAAACCUGCGCUCCGAGAUCCAGGAACUUCGUACCAGUGCGAAGAUUUUCCAGAAGACCAAGUGCACAAUGUGCAACAGCCCUCUGGAGUUGCCCUCUGUGCAUUUCCUGUGCGGCCAUUCCUUCCACCAGCACUGCUUCGAGAGCUACGCUGAGAGUGAAGCCGAGUGCCCCACCUGCACGCCAGAGAACAGGAAGGUGAUGGACAUGCUACGUGCCCAGGACCAGAAACGAGACCUGCACGAUCACUUCAACAGACAGCUGAGGGGCUCCAACGACGGCUUCUCGGUGGUGGCGGAUUACUUUGGCCGGGGCGUGUUUAAUAAGCUUACUCUGAUAACAGAUCCCCCUGGGGCUAAGGCGGGACCUGGGAGUUUGGAAGCUGAUCUACAGAGAGACCUGCUCAUACACACCAAGAGAAAUGUGUGAACAUCAGGCCCUUAUUCAUACCGAUCCUCUCAAAGUAGAAUCCGAGUCACAUGCAGUUUUUCCUCAUUCAUGUCCUAAUAAUAAAAAAAAUUCAUUAAAUUUUAUUGUAAGGGAGUGUUGAUACUACAUCUGAUUAUGGGAAUCUUGUCCGGUUUUGUAUCAGUAUAAGUCAGUAGAUGGGUCCUACAGGCAUAGAGUGAAUAUUAGGUUUACCCUUUUUUACAAAAUGUAGCAUAUUAAAAUUGUGCAUCAUUAUUAAUGAGCACAUCUAGCACAACCUUGCUCACCGCUCCUCUCCAACAUCUCACUUGGCAUAAAAUCAGUCCUCUGAGAUGAUGGUGUUUCCAAACCAUGGCCCAUCUCUACCCAGAGAAUUAUGCACAUGAAGUCUUGGAGAAAGCAUAUUUAACUACAAUGCCAACCUGGCGUAGACUGCUUUUUAUGUCUGUAAAUGGGUUGUGAAUAUAACAUCUAAAACUGUGACUAUGGUAUGCUUUUCUUUCGCAGUUUGUAACUAAAAUUAUAUGCUCAAUGUUUAAUCAGGAAUGAUGUUAACUCUCCCAAAAUCUUCACCUUGAAGUAAUAGGCUAUAAAAUAUCAGCAUAGCUGUUGUGCAUGUUGUUUAAUCCAUCGUUGUGAUGUGCACAGUAGCUCCUAUAUUAACUCUGUUACAAUAAUAUAAUAAAGAUCUGCAACACA